GCUCUGCUGCUUAAUGCUGCGUGGAUAUUAUCGCUCCCUGCUAUGUCUUAUCGCAACGUUUCCAGAGAGGCUCUGGUUGGAUCUCUCGCACUCGGGGUUGUUUUUGUGGCAGGAUAUGUCUUCGGUAAGCUCAAAGGAGAUCAACUCUUUCAAACGAUCGCUUUAUAAAGUCUUGAGAUUUUCAAGGAUUCAAAGGAAAGAAGAAAUCUUUCAGAAUGAGCAUCUCCAAAAGUCAUAGCAGGGGGAAGGAAGACCCACUGAUGCAGUAUGUACUCAAUCAUUCACUGAGGGAGCAUCCGGUUCUGAAAAACCUCCGUCUGAGGACGAUGCAGGACACCUGGAACAUCAUGAUGGUUGCCUGUGAGCAAGCGCAGUUCAUGGCCAACCUGGCAAAACUAAUUCAAGCCAAGAAGGCGCUGGAAAUUGGAGUGUACACAGGUUACAACACGCUGAGUAUGGCGCUGGCUUUGCCCGAAGACGGAGUGAUUGUAGCAUGUGACAUCAGUGAAGAGUACACCAACAUCGGUAAACCUUUCUGGAAGGAGGCUGGAGUUGAGCACAAAAUAGACCUGCGCAUUCAACCAGCCAUAAACACUCUGGAUGAUCUUCUUUCCUCCGGUCAGGCUGAAACAUUUGACUUUAUCUUCAUCGAUGCAGACAAAGUUAACUAUGACAAUUACUAUGAAAAAUCUCUGCUCCUGUUAAGGAAAGGAGGCAUCAUCGCUAUCGACAAUGUGCUGUGGGGCGGGAGGGUGCUGAAUCCCUCUCCCAACGAUGCCGACACUGUUGCCAUCGACAAGCUGAACAAGAAGCUGCACAAAGAUAUCCGGGUCACUUUGAGCAUGCUGACGGUGGGAGACGGGCUGACGCUGGCAGUCAAACUUUAAGCUUUGGUCCAUAUUAGUGAAAACAUAACCUAAGUGUAACAUCAGAGCAUUUUUUUAAAUAAGCCGUCAUGUAUAGAGGAUAUGAGGUGGAAGUUAUACAUUUUAGAUUUUCCUUGGUAUCAGGUGUAGUUACUGCCUAAAAACAAUAUUUUCACAUAAGUUUUAAGACCUUAAAACUGUUGAGUUUCUUUUACUGCCUCCGGAUGAACUUGACAUGUGAUACAUUUCUUCUUCAUUACACCAAGUUGCCUAAAUAUGUAUUGUAAUAAAAACUUAAUGAGAAAAUG